GAGCAUCUUCUUCCCCAGACGAACCUCCGAAAUCAUGGCAAAUAUGUUACUGGAACUCCCGCGGCUAACCAAUUCGCUUCGGCAGCCUUUCGAUUCCGAUCAAGCUUAUCUCAACCGGAAAUCUUAUCUUCAAAGCCUCAAUCGUCGUAGUUCUGCUACUUCGGCUGGUGAAUAUGAGCUCGCUCGUAAGAUAAUACAUCGUUGGGAUGAAGCUUCCGGUGAGUUACGGCAGGCAUAUAAGCAGUUUGUUGCGACAGUUGUUGAGUUGAUGGGUGGCGAGGUAGUGUCUGAGGAGUUUCAGGACGUGGCGUUGGAUGUUUAUAUGCUAUUUUGUGGGUAUUCUGGAUUUGGAGAGGAUGGUGGUGACAAGAUAAUUUUGGAAAAAAGAUCUGGGAUGCAAAAACUCUUCGGUCGUGCUAUUCCAGUGGAAGAUAUGCUGAAAGUUGCAUUACUUGUAGAGAAGAUUUCUGUUUUACAGAAUAGUGAGCAUGGUGCUUCAUAUUUAACUGAAUCAGUGGGUGAAGGCAGUGAGGAUUUGGAAUUUGGAUCAGACCUUAUGUUUCGACCUCCAUCUCGCUUUCUAGUUGAUGUUUCUCUAGAGAAUGCUGCUGUUUUGGUGGAGGAAACUAGCACAUCUUCGAAUCACGGGGGUUCGUCUGAUUAUGGUGGUUCCGGAAAUUUCCAUCCGUCUAGUAGUCAAGGUAAUUUUGACCUAGAGUGGCUGAGAGAUGCUUGUGACAGAAUUGUUAGGGGAAGUGUUUCACAGCUACCCCGAGAUGAAUUGGCUAUGGCCAUUUGCAGAAUCCUUGAUUCAGAGAAACCUGGUGAUGAGAUUGCUGGUGAUCUGCUGGACCUUGUUGGUGAUAGCUCAUUUGAAACUGUUCAAGACCUUAUCAUGCAUAGAAAGGAGCUUGUUGAAAGCAUACAUCGUGGGCUGGUCGUAUUAAAAUCUGAUAGAUCAACUUCAAACACUCAGGCACGGAUACCCAGUUAUGCCACCCAGGUAACAGUUCAAACAGAGUCUGAACGACAAAUUGAUAAACUUCGGCGCAAGGAAGAAAAAAAGAAUAGACGUGGAGUAGAUCAUGGAGUUGACAAUGAAUUGUCAUCUUUGUCUUUCAGUUCCUUGCUUCAAGCAAGUGAUAAGAAAAAUGUAUUCGAUGGACUUGUGGGUCAUGGAGAUGGUACUCAAUUUGGUGCCACAGCCCUUCCACAGGGCACUAUGAGAAAGCAUUACAAGGGAUAUGAAGAAGUCAUUGUUCCUCCUGCGCCAACUGCACCAAUGAAACCUGGGGAGAAGCUGAUUGAAAUAACGGAGCUUGAUGAAAUAGCACAAGCUGCCUUUCAUGGUUACAAGACACUGAAUCGAAUACAGAGCAGAAUAUUCCAGACAACUUACUACAGUAACGAGAAUAUACUGGUCUGUGCUCCAACCGGGGCUGGAAAAACAAAUAUUGCUAUGAUUUCUAUUCUGCAUGAAAUCAAGCAACACUUCAAAGAUGGUUUUCUUCAUAAAGAUGAAUUCAAAAUAGUCUAUGUUGCUCCCAUGAAGGCAUUAGCUGCAGAGGUCACAUCAACCUUCAGCCACCGAUUGUCCCCUUUAAAUGUAACUGUCAGAGAACUCACUGGUGACAUGCAACUUACCAAAAAUGAGCUUGAGCAAACUCAGAUGAUUGUGACAACUCCUGAAAAAUGGGAUGUGAUUACUCGUAAAAGUAGUGAUAUGUCAAUGUCAAUGCUAGUGAAGCUCCUGAUCAUUGAUGAAGUGCAUUUGCUAAAUGAUGAUAGAGGUCCAGUGAUAGAAGCACUUGUAGCUCGAACUCUUCGUCAGGUUGAAUCUACUCAAAGCAUGAUUCGCAUUGUUGGCCUUUCAGCCACUCUUCCUAAUUAUUUAGAGGUUGCACAAUUUCUGAGGGUAAAUCCAGAAACUGGUUUAUUCUUCUUUGAUUCAAGCUAUCGCCCAGUUCCCCUUGAGCAACAUUACAUUGGAAUAUCUGAGCAUAACUAUAUAGCUCGUAAUGAAUUGAUGCAUGAAGUAUGCUACAAUAAGGUGGCUGAUUCACUUAGGCGAGGACAUCAAGUUAUGGUGUUUGUUCAUUCUAGGAAAGACACUGGAAAAACAGCUGACAAACUGGUUGAAAUAUCGAGAGCACAUGAGGACUUUGAUCUUUUCACAAAUGCUGCACAUCCUCAGCAGGGACUUAUGAAGAAGGAAGUAAUGAAAUCUAGAAAUAAGGAACUGGUACAGCUUUUUGAAUAUGGCGUUGGUAUCCAUCAUGCUGGGAUGCUACGGUCUGAUCGUGGGCUGACGGAACGACUUUUCUCUGAUGGACUUUUAAAAGUUCUUGUCUGCACUGCAACUUUGGCUUGGGGUGUUAAUCUCCCUGCUCACACUGUGGUGAUUAAGGGAACUCAGAUAUAUGACGCAAAGGCUGGUGGGUGGCGAGAUCUGGGCAUGCUUGAUGUGAUGCAGAUAUUUGGACGUGCGGGAAGGCCUCAAUUUGAUAAAAGCGGUGAAGGCAUCAUAAUCACUACUCAUGACAAAUUGGCAUACUAUUUAAGACUUCUAACAAGUCAGCUUCCCAUUGAGAGUCAGUUUAUCAACUCCUUGAAAGACAACAUAAAUGCUGAGGUCGCGUUAGGCACUGUGACAAAUGUUAAGGAAGCUUGUGCUUGGUUGGGUUAUACGUAUCUUUUCAUAAGAAUGAAGAUGAACCCUCUAGCGUAUGGUAUUGGAUGGGAUGAGGUAAUUGCUGAUCCUUCAUUGAGCCUAAAACAAAGAGCUCUGGUGUCAGAUGCUGCCCGUGCUCUUGACAAAGCAAAGAUGAUGCGCUUUGAUGAGAAAAGUGGAAACUUUUAUUGUACUGAGCUUGGUCGAAUUGCUAGCCACUUUUACAUUCAAUACUCAAGUGUUGAAACUUACAAUGAAAUGUUGAGGCGCCACAUGAAUGAUAGCGAGGUGAUUGACAUGCUCGCCCAUUCGUCUGAAUUUGAAAAUAUUGUUGUUCGAGAGGAGGAACAAAAUGAGUUGGAAACAUUAGCUCGUGCUUGUCCUUUGGAAGUCAAGGGUGGCCCAUCAAAUAAACAUGGAAAAGUGUCAAUACUUAUUCAGAUGUACAUAUCCAGGGGCACAAUUGAUACCUUUUCACUAAUUUCUGAUGCAUCAUAUAUUAGUUCAAGCCUAGCUCGUAUUGUUCGGGCCUUAUUUGAGAUAUGCUUGCGAAGAGGUUGGAGCGAGAUGACUUCUUUCAUGCUGGAGUACUGCAAAGCUGUGGAUCGUCAAGUUUGGCCCCACCAACAUCCACUCAGACAAUUUGAUAAAGAUAUUUCAGCAGAAAUAUUGAGGAAGCUUGAAGAAAGAGGAGUGGACAUGGAUCACCUAUAUGAGAUGCAGGAGAAAGACAUCGGAGCUUUAAUUCGUUAUGCACCUGGAGGAAAGCUGGUCAAGCAAUAUAUGGGAUAUUUUCCAAUCGUUGAAUUGUUUGCCACAGUAAGUCCAAUCACAAGAACUGUUUUAAAGGUGGACUUGACUAUUACACCAAAUUUUGUCUGGAAGGAUAGGUUUCAUGGUACUGCUCAGAGAUGGUGGAUAUUAGUUGAGGAUUCUGAGAAUGAUCAUAUAUACCACUCAGAGCUUUUUACAUUGGCAAAGAAGAUGGCCCGGGGAGAGCCUCAUAAGCUAUCCUUCACUGUUCCAAUAUUUGAGCCACAUCCUCCACAGUACUUUAUACGUGCAAUUUCAGACUCAUGGUUGCAUGCAGAAUCUUUCUACAGUAUAUCGUUCCAGAACCUUGCACUUCCUGAGGCACAUACAACUCAAACGGAGCUUCUUGAUUUGAGACCACUGCCAGUGACUGCCCUCGGAAAUGAAGCUUAUGAAGCACUAUAUAACUUUACGCACUUUAACCCCAUACAAACCCAGGCCUUUCAUGUGCUGUAUCAUACUGACCAAAAUGUUCUUCUGGGAGCUCCAACAGGAAGUGGUAAAACCAUAUCCGCAGAGCUUGCCAUGCUCCAUUUGUUUAAUACUCAGCCUGACAUGAAGGUGAUUUACAUAGCACCUUUAAAGGCUCUUGUUCGAGAAAGAAUGAAUGAUUGGAGGAAGCGUCUUGUUUCCCUGCUUGGAAAACAUAUGGUUGAAAUGACCGGAGAUUAUACCCCAGAUUUAACAGCUCUCUUAGAAGCAGAUAUUAUAAUAUCUACUCCAGAAAAAUGGGAUGGCAUUAGUCGUAAUUGGCACUCUCGUGGAUAUGUAAAGAAGGUUGGACUCAUGAUUUUGGAUGAGAUUCAUCUUCUUGGUGCUGACCGUGGGCCCAUAUUGGAGGUUAUUGUAUCUCGGAUGAGAUAUAUAUCAUCACAGACAGAGCGCCCUGUUCGAUUUAUCGGUCUUUCGACAGCUUUGGCAAAUGCAAAUGAUUUAGCUGAUUGGCUGGGUGUUGAAGAAAAUGGUCUCUUCAAUUUCAAACCUAGUGUCAGACCUGUUCCACUUGAAGUUCACAUCCAGGGAUAUCCUGGAAAGUUUUACUGCCCAAGAAUGAAUAGCAUGAACAAACCUGCUUAUGCUGCUAUAUGCACCCAUUCACCCACAAAACCAGUUCUUAUAUUUGUUUCAUCACGUCGCCAGACUAGACUUACUGCCUUGGAUCUCAUUCAGUAUGCAGCUUCAGAUGAGCACCCCCGACAGUUCCUUGCUAUACCUGAAGAAUCACUUCAAAUGAUUCUAUCUCAAGUAACUGACCAGAACCUUAGACACACACUGCAGUUUGGUAUUGGUUUGCACCAUGCAGGACUCAAUGAUAAAGAUAGAUCUCUUGUUGAGGAACUGUUUGCUAACAACAAGAUUCAGAUACUGGUGUGCACAAGUACACUAGCGUGGGGUGUGAACCUUCCAGCUCAUUUAGUGAUCAUAAAGGGCACAGAAUAUUAUGAUGGAAAAGCUAAAAGAUAUGUUGAUUUUCCGAUCACCGACAUCUUACAAAUGAUGGGUCGAGCAGGACGGCCUCAGUUUGAUCAGCAUGGAAAAGCUAUCAUUCUUGUACAUGAGCCUAAAAAGAGUUUCUAUAAGAAGUUCCUCUAUGAACCAUUUCCAGUUGAAAGUAGCCUGAGAGAGCAACUGCAUGAUAACUUCAAUGCAGAAAUAGUUUCAAGAACAAUUUGUCAUAAGCAGGAUGCAAUUCAUUAUCUCACCUGGACUUAUUUGUUCCGUAGAUUGGUGGUUAACCCAGCUUAUUAUGGUUUAGAGGGCUCAGAUCCUGAAACUUUGAGUUCAUUCUUGUCAAGCUUAGUGCUGAGCACAUUUGAAGAUCUUGAAGACAGUGGUUGCAUCAAAAUUGAUGAAGACCGGGUAGAGCCCAUGAUGUUGGGUUCAAUAGCAUCUCAGUAUUAUCUAAAAUACACUACUGUAUCAAUGUUUGCUUCAAAUAUAGAAGAAGACACAUCACUUGAAGUUUUCCUCCAUAUUUUAGCAGGUGCUUCUGAAUAUGAUGAACUUCCUGUGCGGCACAAUGAAGAAAAUCAUAAUGCCGAAUUGGCUCAGAAGGUUCGCUACAUGGUUGACAAGAAUCUUCUUGAUGAUCCCCAUGUGAAGGCAAAUCUUCUUUUUCAGGCACACUUCUCCCAAGUUGAACUACCAAUUACUGAUUAUGUCACAGAUUUGAAAUCAGUGUUGGAUCAAAGUAUCCGUAUUGUCCAAGCAAUGAUAGACCUGUGCGCAAAUAGCGGAUGGCUCUCUAGUACCAUUACUUGUAUGCAUCUCCUACAAAUGGUCAUGCAGGGUUUGUGGGCUGAUGUAGAUUCACCCUUACGGAUGAUGCCAUCCGCAACGGAUGAUCUUAUUGCUACUUUGCACCAAAAAGGAAUCACAAAUGUCCAGCAGUUACAAAAUCUUCCUCAAUCAACUCUGCAGAAUCUCACUAGAAAUUCCGCUGCCUCGCGGCUUAACGAGGAACUGCAACAAUUUCCUAUCAUACAAGCGCGGUUAAAACUUCAGAAACGGAACACUGGCGAGAACCCUGGUGUUAUUCUAAACAUCAGGCUGGAAAACAUGAACAGACGUAAGAGAACAUCAAGAGCGUUUGCUCCUCGCUUUCCUAAGGUAAAAGACGAGGCCUGGUGGCUGGUCCUUGGCAAUACCUCUACGUCUCAACUGUAUGCAUUAAAGCGAGUAACAUUCAAAGACACUUUGCAGACAAAAAUCGAAAUACCAGCAGAUGUGCACAACUUCCAGGGUAUGAAGCUGCUCAUCGUGUCGGAUUGCUAUAUUGGUUUCGAGCAAGAGCACUCUAUCGAAAAGCUUGUUUAAUCGUGUGUCAGGCAAUGCAAAUGGAGAGUUGUAAUUAUCCAUCUUUGUUUUAAACAUUAAUAUUCAGACACUACAUAGUAUUUAAGCUUGUACAAUGUGAUAGCUACACAAUAAUUCAAUCAAUUUUUGACACUGAA